AUGUCUUCCUUACCAGCACCUAAACCUUGGACUGAGAAACAAACCAAAGAAGUUAUUAGAAAAGUCAUUCGGCGUGCGGAGGUGUCAAGGAUCGCAAGGCUUCUUCAACAUCGACUUGCGCUCGCAAACUUCAAGACGAAGAAUGGAUGGGAAAACUUAACCCUAGAUACUAUCGAACCUAAGGUCGAAGAAGACCUACGAAGGAAACGUCAGAGAGGGUCACAGGAAAAAUCACCGUCACCAGGGACCUCAUUUUUCAGCGAAGGGGAUCUCGAAUGGUUACGGAAAAAUAAGGCAAACGUGCAACAAAAACGGCGAGGCAGCCAAUCGUCUGGUAUCGGCCCCCUUCCGAAUUUUCGCAACUCUAGAAAACGUGUACGGACAUCCUCAUCCGCCGAGUUCCAACAACCAUCAUCCAAACGUCGCCAGUCAUGGAGGGAUCAGAACCGCACCGUGCAGUCGUCUCCAGGGUAUCGAUAUGGGACAGGGGAGGGUAAGGAUGGCCUCGAACAUGGCUUCCACUCAAGUCCCCCUCGCACCCCACCAAGGCGCAUAGCCAAACCAGGGAAUGCGAACAAACCAGCGGGUGAUCGUGGCGCUGAUCUCUUGAUAUAUCUUGCAACAUCCCCCUCCCCAGCUGGAGUAAUGCCAAAAGCAAAGUUCACACCAACCACACCUCCAUCAAAUUCAUCAGCUCUCCCGUCAUCUGUUAUGGGUACCCCGGGAGCCCCUCAAACCCCACAAACCGGCUUUAACUUUGCUGAUUUUGUCAAUAUCACACCUUCCCCAGCUCAGGGCGCUUGGGGCUCCGUCGGUGCUGGGAGAGGAACUCCUAUCGCAAAUGCUCGCAAGAGGCUGAAUUUCGAUCAACUUCAUCCCCCCACAGGGUCCCCUUCGGUGCCGGCUGGUAACAGUCGCCAUACCGCUGGGUUGGGUAUGGAGCUGGGGGGCGAGCUAGUGUCUUAG